AUGCCAUUUCUUCAUCUUGGAUACAAGCGGAUUCACUAUGCUGAUCUGUCGCCGACAAAUAGAAAGACGCGGGAGACACUAAUCUUCAUGCAUGGUCUGGGCUCGUCGCAGAACUACUACUAUGCAGUAUGCCAGAAGCUGGUUAGAAGCGGAUUCCGCUGCAUAACCUUUGAUAACACGGGCGCUGGGCGCUCGCCGUAUACCUAUGUCGAGCAAAGCAUUGACACGCUGGGCGAGGAUGUUGUCGGCGUUUUGGAUGCCCUGAAGGUGGACAAAGCCGUGUUUGUGGGGCAUAGCAUGGGAGGUGACCGCAUUGUUGCAGCCAUCCUUAUCGGCCCCGUCUAUCCCAACCCGGGAGUAGGACCUAUUUUCGAGAAACGGAUUGCGACUGUGGAAAAAGAGGGCAUGCAGCCUAUGGCAGAUAGCAUCCCGCAAGCGGCAGUAGGGAGCAAAGCUUCCCCGCUUGCCAAAGCGAUGAUCCGCGAGUUGCUGUUGUCACAGGACCCAGCUGGUUACGUAUCCAACUGCCGAGUCAUCAUCAAUGCAAAGGUGCCUCAGUACGGCGACAUCGGCGUGCCUGUCCUUAUCCUCGCAGGCGAAGAAGAUAAGAGCGCGCCGCUGGAGGGUUGCAAGAAAAUGUUCGACGAGAUUGGCAGCAGCGAGAAGAAGCUGGAGAUUCUACAGGGGAUCGGGCAUUGGCAUUGUCUCGAAGCGUUUGAACAGGUUGCCAGCAUGAUUGAGGCGUUUUACCACGAGAUCCAGUGA